GUCAAAGCACAGUAAACUAUCUCACCUCAACAAACAAACAAGCAAAGUUUACAACAAAAAUCAACUGACCAAUCAGCUGAGCUGCUGCUUCGUCUUCUUCAUUGUCAUCUUGUUAAUUGGGAGACCAGCUUAAUAGAGCAUUACCUGGUUUGGAGAAACAGCUGAAGUGCACACAGAGGGGAACUUAAAUACUGACUAAUGGGGUCAUUUAAACCAUUAGUGAGAAACAAAAUGCCAACAAUGACUAACUAAAAUAAAUUAAAAUCAAACAAAAAACAAACAAUGUGUCAAUUUGCAGUAAUAAAUCCAGUCAGAACUGAAGUUAUAGUUCUUUUGGCCCCAGGAAGGACUCAGAUAAGUAAACAUGCUGACAUACUGUAUCUUUCUUGAUUUGCUUCAGUUUGUAUUAUUACUACUACUACUGCUACUAAUAGUACUUAAUCACUCUGCCACGCUUUCUGUCUGUAAAAUAGCCAAAUUUCAUACUUGCUGUUUAAACAUCCUAUGUUCCUUGAACACUUCCAAACCAGGCGUUACUUUGAUUGCUGUUCCCUGAUCCUGAGUAAUACGGUUUGAGUGGUCACUGUUACCUCAUGUCUAUCCCGUCUGCUCCAUCCUCAUACAUACCAUCAUAUAAUUGCAUGUCUUCCUUAGUUGUUCCUCUCCCUCUAUAACCCUCUCUCUCUACCCUUCUACAAGUAUUGUUGGACUCAGGACAGUUUUUCCAGUGUCUAGUUCUUGGACCAACCGAUGUGCCUGUUUUCUUUGCUGCUUUUUGCUGUUGUACAGUAUGUAGCUGUUCUUUUGUCAUGUUUUUGCUUUGGUUUCCCUUCUUCUCUGUCCGCUCACCCCAACUGAAGGAAGCAGAUACAACCCAAAACUUGGUUGUACUGGAAUUUAUAUAAACGCCUAUAUGCAGUAGUGUUACGUUUCUGUGAGGUUGUGAACCUUAUAUUGUAAAGUUCUUUGAGAUUACACUUAUUGUACAUAAACUGAAUUGAAUCCAUCAGAAUACGGAAAACCAAAAAUGGAACUCGAUUCAAGCUGUUUAUAUGCAAAUGGGACAAAUGAGAAAGGAAACAUUCUGAUAUAAAUUCCAGACGAUAAACUGGAGGUUUUUUUCUAACGUUCGUGUUAGAUAAACCUCUAAUAAAUUCAUGACAAUAAUAAGCCGGAAACAGCUGCAGCACAUUAUCUUUAAUUAGCCCAUAUCUUCAACCCAUAUUGCCGUGAAAUUGGCGCCUGUUUAGUCUGUGGCACUUGUUGCUUUUUGUGCCGGUGGUGACACACACCGUUGUGGUAAGCGAACGCGUCACCGCCUGACGGUCCUACAUGCUUUUUCACAGGUCUGAGAGCGGCGUGGCGCACGCGUACGCUCACCCGGGCGCGUUUGUUGUGGCAGCUGAAUGCAUCAGUAAUGACAUGCACAUUACAGUUCAAAAAAUAAUUACCAUUCAAGAGCCUGUCACAGAGAUGGGUGUCGUCCGAUGUCAUGCUGGAAACCUGUGGUUUCACGCGACCGACUGCUCAGCCCUGCAGGGAGAGCCUCUUCACAUUCAAACACACGUAGCAGCAGGUACAAAUGUGACCUACCACAUCCACAAAGGCGGAAUGUUGCUGUCCAGCUUAACCGUGGUCAGAGGAAAUGUUCCUCGGAACCUCACGGUGACGGGGGAGCAGGUGGACGACCUUGGGCCCGGCUGCCACCAGCUGAUCCUCCGAGCUUCCAACACCGUCACAGCCCCCGGAGCGUCCGCCGUCCUGCAGGUGUGUGUUCUAGAGAAGGCCGCGGGGCUUCAGGCGUCCGUGCUGACGGAGGGAACUGACUGCGUGGACUCUGCAGACAUUACUGUCGGCGUUUUCCUGGAAAAAGGGGCGCCUGCACUGCUCCUAUUCUCCCUGACGGCGGACAAGAACAGCUCGUACCGUGAGACCAGAAAGAUGAAUACAAGGAAGGAAGUGUUUCAUAUCAAACACCAAAUGGAAGGUGUUAUACGAGUAAAACUCAAAGCGUGGAACGUUUUCUCCUUUGUGGAGGCGGAAGUGUUUUCUCCCAGUGGCCUCAAAUCAGCCACUAAAUCGGUUUGUCACAAGCAGCUGAGUUUAACCAAGAGACCAAGAAACAUACAUGUCAGAGCUGUCAGAUCUGCAAAUAAUAUAAUUGCACAUCCUUCAGACACUGUCACCAGUAACACAACCAUCACACUUUCCAUUAAGGACUCAUCUAAUCUAAAUGACAAGAACAAACAGUACCAGUGGUCAUGCGCGGAUUCCUGUAAAUGCCCAAGUGAGAACGGACUGACUUACUCCAUUACACCAAACUGCCUGCCAAAUCCAUAUCAGUUUAAUAAAUACUACUUCAGCGUGAUAAGUAAAAGUAAUAACAACGUUCAAUCAUCCAUAUGCAUCCUCUAUGCUCCUCAGCCUUUCACUCCCUCAUGGCUGAGCCUGACAUGCACUCAAGGCUGUAACCCAAUACAACAAAACACAAAUGCAGUACUAAAACUGGAUUGCAAUGGAAAUAGCCAGUGUUCAAAUAUUGUGUGGAACAUUGAAGAACCAAAUUACAAGAACUGGCCAGAGGGUGAGACAAUGAGCUGCUACCAGCAGGCGCAGAUGAGGCCUCUUCUACAAAAACAGAACGGCGGAAAUCAAUUCACUGUGAACUACACUGACCUCAGCACGGCCAGGUCCUCGAAUCGGGAUCUUAUUGUUGCAAUAUACACUUUGGAUGUUAAACCUAUUUACACAACAUAUACAAUAAAGACGUCAUCGCAUACAAACAGUCCACAUCCAACUCCUGUUCCCACAAAGGCCACCACUAAACCCGGAACCUCUGCCACAAAAACAACCACCACUGGUUCCACUGCCUCACAUAAACCGACCAGUGCUACGACCAGCUACAGAACCUCCAGCAAUCUACACCUGUCUUGCACUAUAUCGCCUCCCAACGGAACAACUCUGGAUGCUUUCAAUAUAAGCUGCAGCACUAACCUUCCCUGUUCUAACUGUCGCUACUGUUUUAAAGUUAAGAACAACCAGCCAAGCUGUGGUAAUAAUAAUGUAGUCAACUCUGUCUUCCUACCUCUUGGAGAUGAAAGUAACAAUUACAACCUGAUCAUCACAGCAACUGCAACGCAAGGUGGCUUUGUUGUCAGUACCACAAUAACUACACAGGUGAAUGAUGUCAAAAUAGCCUCGGCAGGUGAUCUUAAGGCUUCGGUGGAAGGCGUUCUGAGUCAGCUCAAAGACCAAGGUCAGCUCUCUGGAGUAACUGUGGGACAGCUCUUCUCUUCCAUGGCCAGUCAACUAAACGCUCCGUCCAGUGACUCGACAGCAGCAGGCGGACAACAGCUUCGUGAGCAAAUGCUGGAGCUCAUGAUCAACACGGUAAACGCGGUCCCGGCCGACGCUCCAGGUGAGCUGCAGGCGAUCGCAGGGGGCCUCUACGCCGUCACCCAACAAAGCAUGGAGCUCAGCCCCUCUGCUCAGGAGCAGGCCUCGCUGCUGUUCAUGAACCUGAGCUCCUCCCUCCGUCGCAUGAAGCUCAAUCAAAGCGAAGACACCCCCAGCGAAAUAGGCGCUGCAGCCAGCGCCAUUAUGCAAGGAGCAGGCAACAUCCUGGAUUAUUCAUCCAGCAAAAACAUCUCAGACGUCCUUCUUGAAGCUCUGGACAACAUUCAGAGUGCGCUGUUGAUAUUUCAAAAUGUUAAUGAGGCUCCAACUAUCAUCCAACAAGCUAAUAUUGCCAUAUAUGUCAAAAGAGUGACGCCAGAUUUGCUCACGGAGCCGAUAAGUAUUCCGGACUGUUCCUGCCCGGCAUUCACGCUGCCAGUCUUACCCUCCAGUCUGUUUCCUUCACAAGAUCCAGUUGACAUCAGGAUGCUGAGUUUGAAGAACAAUCCCUUUUCCUGGAAUGGCAAUGGGAACAUUAGCGGCUCCAUAGGAGGUCUCACGCUGACAACAGCACAGAACUCCAGAAUCCCAGUGGAGAACCUGACGGAGGAUAUUGAGAUUUUGUUGCCCAGACCUGAUGGGGAGCAGGUAAACAUCACAAUUUUAAACCUGGGAAACUACAGCACAACGGCUAUAGACGUCCCUUCAGCUGACCACACACUGGUCUUGAAGAUGGAGCCUUCAGUGGAUCCAUUACCCUUCAAGCUGCUGCUUGGAUACAUGUCUUACCCCACUGACACUAAUAUGGUGGCAGCUACACAGAUGCCUCUGGCAGGAGCAACACUCGAGGAGAGGUACACUUGGCUGUUGGACCCUAAGGUCUUAAAUGGAAACAUCGGAACGUAUUAUGUGGUGGUGAGGCCCAUUGUUGGACCAGGAAUAAAAUCUAUUAACGCCACCUUGUCAAUCACCUCCAUCAGCGCUUCAUGUAAAUUUUGGAAUGACUCAGCUUCAGAAUGGGCAACUUACGGAUGCAGGGUUGGUGUUAAUACCACACCCUCCGUCACUCAGUGCCUCUGCACUCAUCUCACCUUUUUCGGGAGUUCUUUUUUUGUUGCUCCUAACCUAGUGGACCCGUCGCAAACGGCUCAGUUGUUUGCCACCUUCGCUCAGAAUCCUGUGGUGGUUUGCUUCGUGGGUGCGCUCUUUGUUGCUUACUUCCUGGUGGUUGUGUGGGCGCGACGGAAAGACAUUAAAGACAAGGCCAAGGUGAAGCUGACCAUUCUAGAGGACAACGAUCCCAUGGACGAGUACAGAUACUUGCUGACUGUUUGCACUGGGCACAGGAGAGGAGCUUCAACUUCCUCUCGGGUGACGAUAACUUUGCUGGGAUCGGAGGGACACAGCGAGCCGCACCACCUGAUCGACAAAGAGAAGCGCGUGUUCGAGCGCGGCGCGACGGACACGUUCCUGCUCACUGCACCCUUUUCUCUGGGAGAGCUGCACUCCAUCAGACUGUGGCACAAUAACUCAGGGAGACGUCCGGCUUGGUUCGUGGGUAAUGUGAUGGUGCAGGACUUACAGACGGCUCAGAAAUGGUUCUUCCUGUGCAACUCCUGGCUGGCCAUAGACAUUGGGUCUUGUUCCCUCGAUAAAGUUUUCCCCGCCUCCACCGAAAAGGAUUUGAAGAGUUUCAGCAACCUGUUCUUUAGCAAGGCAACGAGGGAUUUCAACGACGGACAUCUGUGGUACUCUGUGAUGAGCCGGCCGCCGAGCAGCACCUUCACCUGUGUGCAGAGAGUGUCCUGUUGUUUCUCCCUGCUGCUCUGCACCAUGUUGACCAGCAUCAUGUUCUAUGGCAUCCCAAACGAUCCGUCGGAGCAGGUCAUGACAAUGGGUCAGUUUUCUUUCACCUGGCAGCAGUUCAUGAUUGGAAUUGAGAGCUCACUCAUCAUGUUUCCCGUGAAUUUGAUCAUUGUUACAAUCUUCCGACUGUCUCGUCCUCGGGAGUUGACUUGUUGCGCGUGCAGAAGAGAAAAACCCGGCGCUCAUGAGCUGAAGACCGCCGUCACUUUAGACAACUUGAUCAAGGAUAUCACAAGAAUAGCCCAUUUACUAUCACAAAAUGCCAAGAGCAAUGUCCCACGCCAGCUAGCGCCUGGGCAGCAAGUCGAUAUCACCGAUGUUCUUUCUGUGGUGGAGGAUUUUAUAAAACAGAACCACAAAAUCGGUGAAACCACCCAGUCGGACACAAAAGGCUUCAGUCCCAGUGUCCAGCCUCCGUCACUAGAGAGCAGCGACGAUGUGCAUGCGGGGCCAGCGGUGGAGAGCAUCGAGAAGAAGAGCAACAAAAGCCAGUAUCUGUACAGGCAGCUGUGCCACGUACACGAAGAACUCAGCCUGCUGGGGCCCUCCGGCUUCCCUUCCCCCCACAGCUACAGUCGGGCUCUGCAGCAAGUCCAGCGCAUGAAGGGCUCUCUUGAAGAUCAGCUCUUCACAUCCAACAGCGUCAACAUCAAUGAACUCACGCAGAAGAGGUUGACUCCUGCAGACAGCAGUGAUGGCACUGACAGCAGUUUGCAGAAGAAAGGGUGCUGGCUGCCCUGGUGGUUUGUUUUCGUGGGCUGGCUGCUGGUGUUCGCUACCAGUGUAGUAGCAGGGUUCUUCACCAUGCUCUAUGGGUUGAAGUUUGGAAAGGAACGCUCCAUAAGCUGGUUGGUGUCCAUGAACAUCUCCUUUUUUCAGAGCAUCCUCGUCAUUCAGCCAAUAAAGGUCUUAUGUCUGGCUGUCUUCUUUGCCCUUGUGAUAAAGAAAGUUGAUGAAGAGGAGUUGGAAAAUGUGGCACAUCUAAGAAAUAACAAAUAUACAGGUGAUUUUAAUGAACAACAAGCCGUCAGACGGAACCCAAAUCUUUAUGAGCCACCGCUCUUUGCAGAUAUUGAAAAGAUGAAAAAGAACAAGAUUUUGGAACAGAAAGCUUUUGCACUGUUCAGGGAGAUUUUUAUCUACAUGUUGUUCCUGACCGCGCUGCUGAUGGUGGCGUACACCCAGAGAGAUCCCAACGCCUUUUACCUCAACCAGCACAUCAUGACCAGCUUCAGUGAGAACACCUCCUCCUGUAUGAGCCUUGAGGAUGUUUACACUUGGGCCAACACAAAUCUACUCAGUAGCCUCUUUGGAGAAGUUCCAGGAUUCAUUACAGGUGGAAACUCCAAGCUAGUGGGGAACGCCCGUCUUCGCCAACUGAGAGUAAAGCCCAACUCCUGCCAGAGUCCGGGCCUCAUGCUGCAGUAUGUUCCUGACUGUAACGCUCUGUAUUCAUGGGAGGCGGAGGACAUGGACUCCUAUGCUCCUGGUUGGAACCGCUCAGUGGGGAACAAUGUCUCCACGGGGGCCUCCAGCCCCUGGAGCUACCAGACGCAGGCUCAGCUCAGGGCUGACUACGUCUGGGGAAGCCUGGCGCUCUACAGGGCUGGUGGCUUUGCAGCAGAGCUCGGGCCAGACUUUGAAAACGCCAGCAGGACCCUUGAGUACCUGUUCAUUAGGAAAUGGUUGGAUGCAUUCACAAGGGUGAUCUUCGUAGAGUUUACUGUGUUUAAUGCAAACGUGAACCUCUUCUGCAUUGUCACGCUCUUGUUGGAGACUCCGGCCAUAGGAGCGUUUCAGUUCAGCACCCAGCUGCACAGUGUUCGCCUUUACCAGUCAGGGGGACUUUACUUCGUCUCUAUGGCGGCUGCGGUCAUAUACUUGCUUUUCAUCCUGUACUACAUGUUCCUUCAGGCUAAAUUGCUGAAGCAGCAGCGUUGGCCUUACUUCAGGGGCAAGUGGAACCUGCUGGAGCUGGCCAUCAUCCUCCUGAGCUGGGGCGCCCUGGCCGUCUUCAUCAAACUGGCCCUGCAGGGAAAUCAGGAUUUGACGUACUACCAAAACCACAAAGACCAAUUUGCCAGUUUUUACAACACAGCUGCCACCGACGCGCAGCUUCAGUAUCUCAUCGCCUUCCUGGUCCUGCUGUCCUCCAUCAAACUGUGGCAUCUGCUCAGACUAAAUCCCAAGAUGUACAUGAUCACAGCGGCGCUGGGCCGAGCCUGGGACGACAUAUCCAGCUUCCUUGUGGUCAUUGUGGUCAUGUUCUUGGCAUAUUGCACUGCAAGCAACGUCAUUUAUGGCUGGAUGCUGUCAUCGUAUCAAACUUUAGAUAAAACUAUAGUGACCCUUGUCGGCAUGCAGGCAGGCAUCUUCAACUAUGACCAGGUCUUAGACUACACCCCUUUGCUCGGAGGAUUACUCUUUGGUUCCUGUCUUGUAUUAAUGACCUUUGUUGUGCUCAAUCUCCUGGUGUCAGUAAUACUUGUGUCAUUCCAGCACGAGCGCAUAUAUCACAAGCCGUCAGAAGAGGAGGAGGUUGUCGACGUGAUGCUUAGGAAAAUCUGCAGUCUCGUCGGGAUUAGAUGUAAGGAUUCAAAAGCCACUCAGGAAUCGGAUGUGAAGAGCAGCGAUGGCUUGGUCCUUAACAACACCAAAAAUAUCAUUAAUUCCUCACUUGACAUAAAUGUUCACAAGGUAUCUGACGACCCGAUCAAAUCCCAGGAGACGUAGCAUGUACGCGGAACGUUUCAUAGACAGUGCCUUGGUUGAUUUCAUGCCCUGAAACCAUCCAGUUGCUCACGUGUUUAUGUUCAUUAAUCCUUGUUCCCUACAGCAAGGUCACAGAAUGCUGUGUUACUUUGAGAAUAUGGUGUGAUCCAUAAUUAUCACUGCCAUAAUUACACUGAUUUGAUCAUUUUAAUUAGAGAGCAGAGAGAAUGGUAAAGACGUCCUUUAGCUCCAAAUCAUCUUAGUCAGGAUUACAAGGAAGUCUCACACUUUUAGAAUCAUUUUUCUUUUCAUUAAUUCAGCAAAUAUUAUAGAUUCUUAGUGCUUCAAUACAUGCUAUACUGUAACUUUGUAUUGUAAAAUAUUGUGGUGUGAUUAUGUAUAUGUGCAGUACUAUGUGCUUUUGUUGUUUAUGUUUUUGUUAAAUGAAAUAGAUGAGCUGUUAUAGAAAUAUAACAGCUUCAGCCACAACAUGGCUAGAAAACAGUUUGGUGAAAGAUGAGUUACUCAUUAAAAGUCAGGUCAUUCUUUUGGGGGAGGGUGUGUUUAAAAAAACGUGUCAAGUCUGAUGACUUCUAAUAAAAAGAAGCCACAUGUAGAAAUUUAUGCUGUAGUUUCUCCUCUGCACCUUUGUAAUUUGAAGAUCUUGUAUGUCGUAUUAUGAGUGAAUUGUCCGAAACCCAGCAAGGUUUGAAUUGUCAGAAACUGGAACGAAUCAUUUACAAUAAAAUCACCUCAUUAGAAUUCAAAUCAGCCUGCUGCUGUUUAAUGAUAGCAGGCUCGCUGUGUAGCAACCUAUUACUGUGA